AUGUCAGAUAAGAAAGACUUGGCACAAAAAGUCAAAGAGCUGAAGGAAGAAGCUCACACUGAAGCUGUAAAGGCUGCCGAUCAAGCUAAGGCUGCAUUACAAAAUCUUACUGAAAAGCAUGGUAGUAAUCAUCAAGAGAAGAGUGAUUUAAGAUUUGAUUAUGGCAUCCUCGAUUAUUUGUACCCACCAAAAACUGAAGAAGAGCUUACUCAUAAAUAUUCUGUUCUUAGAAGAAAUAUGAUGGGCGAGAAUGUUACUUCCGCAAGCAAAGAAUCUAAAUCCUUGAGCGAUUUGGUUCAUGGUGUAAGAAAAAGCAUUAGAGACACAAGGGAAGGACUUCAAAACGGAACUGGAUUAAACAUCAGAUUUAUCCUCACUCCAAUUAUUAGUUUGCUACCAUUGUUUAUCUUCAGUUCAAGAAGACCAAGAAGGGUAUUUUAUACAUAUACUUUUAUGUCUUACUUACUAUGCCCAGAACCAUGGAGAGCUAUCUAUAAUGCUAAAUAAACAGUAUGGAUCCAGCUAGUGCUUAUAAUUCAACUGGUAACCUCAAU